AUGUACUCCUAAUUUACCAUAUUUAUGAUCUUGUUUUGUCACACUUUUAAUACUUUAUUUCUUAUUUUUAAAUAAAAAAGAUUGAUCUUUAUCAUCUUGGACAUUUUAAGGUAUUGCACUUGUUUUGGUAUAUUUUUGAGUUUCAGGACAAUUCGGGACGUAUAUUAAUUUCUGAAAAGAAAUAAAUAUUACUCCCGAGUGAAGACGGAAAAAUCAUCAAAGUGAAGCGAGUCAUUACUUUAUCUCCGAAAUAUUUAUUCAGAGACCCGAAGUUCAUUUCAGAAUAAACCAGACUGUCUACAAUAAAAUGUACCGAUUAACUAUUUGACCAGUUAACUGAUCAAACAGCUAACCGGCCAAAAUAAUCAAGUGGCGGAAAGCGGCCAAAACUCUGGCAUUCAAGAGCUCAACACUAUUCACUCAUUGAGACAUGUGAAUAAAAUCUCCACCGUAGAAGUCCAAAAGAAGAAAUGCAAAGGAGUGAUUAUUGUAUUGAAUUAUUGGAGGGACCUACGGAUUUCAAGCUAAGCAAUUAAAAUCCAAGUUGUCUUCAUCAUCUUUCAUGAGCCGAACAGAAGAACACAGCGGCCGACGAAGAAAAAAAUGCACAACUGAACAGUGGCCGGUGCUAUUUGCAGGAAGAAAAUGAGAAAUUGGCAAUCACAUCUGGUGAAGAUUCAAAUAAGUGGCUGCUCAAAUAUAAUGAUCCUUGUCUUCAUUUGGAGAUAUUUUAUGUUCCAUACUCUUCUUUUGAUGCUAUAUAAAGGAGUCAUUCGUGAGCUGCAGAACAACCAAGUAGAUAGAAAUCAUCCUUGUUUCUUUUCUUUAGCUUUGUUUAAUAAAAGUGAUUCUUUCAAGAACACUUCUGUAUGUUUCAGUUAGUAAUUCUCAUUUUCAGAAGUUUAUUUAGCUUCCAAUAUACUCCAUAUUAAUAAUAAAGUUCGUCCAAGAAAUUCACAUUUGGGUUCGAUCAGUGCCAGCUUUAUACAAGGAUUCCAGCUUUUUCUGUUCCAGUUCAUCUAUGUUCUUCAUUAUUUAUGCCUUCAGGUUCUUAUUUAAACACUCACUUUAAUUUCUUUAAUCUGUUAAGUUAAUUAUGUCUAGCAUGAAUUUUUACUUUUAUAUUGUUCACUAUAGUUAUGUGUAACUAAAUUAGUUUAGGCUUGGGCAAGAUGUAAAUUUUACAGUUAAUGUUCAUAUGAUAAUAAUUGGUUAAAACUUUUACUUGGUUAAUUUUAGGGUGUUGGGUUGAAUGUUCUAAUCUGCUAAAUACAUUAUAUUGGGAAAUGAAUAUUAUCACGGGAGUGGAGUUUCAUUAAAAAUCCCUUUAGUUAAUUCACCCACUAAAUUGCUACACGGAAGUGUUAAGGAAUUUAGGAUAAUUUGAUUUUGUACUUUUUACUGUCUUAAUAAAAUUAUCGCGGGAGCGGAAUUAAUUUAAGAUAGUGUAAUCAACUAAGUCGUGGGAACGAUUAGAAGAUUACCAUUUGAAAAUCUUUCACACACCUAAAAGUAACCAAGUUAAUCAGUUAAAUCUUUAUUAUUAUGAACAUGAAAAUAAAAUCACUCUUAGCCCAAGCCUAAUUUUCACUAUAUCAUUAAUUGUUAAAUUAUCAAGUAUUGUGAUUUAUUUUAUUUCCUAGCAAUUGCACAUUUAUAAAAACAAGAUAAAAAAAUCUGUUCGCUUAGCUCCAUUGCAAAAUGUUAUCAAUUUGUGAUUAGCUAAAAAUCAAUCAUUAAUUCUAGUUCUCUUUUUGAGUCAUUCUCUAGCGGAACGAUACUCACUUACUCGAUACUCACGAUACUCUAUACUAAAUAUUUAUGAUCUUGUUUUGUCACACUUUUAAUACUUUAUUUCUUAUUUUUAAAUAAAAAAGAUUGAUCUUUAUCAUCUUGGACAUUUUAAGGUAUUGCACUUGUUUUGGUAUAUUUUUGAGUUUCAGGACAAUUCGGGACGUAUAUUAAUUUCUGAAAAGAAAUAAAUAUUACUCCCGAGUGAAGACGGAAAAAUCAUCAAAGUGAAGCGAGUCAUUACUUUAUCUCCGAAAUAUUUAUUCAGAGACCCGAAGUUCAUUUCAGAAUAAACCAGACUGUCUACAAUAAAAUGUACCGAUUAACUAUUUGACCAGUUAACUGAUCAAACAGCUAACCGGCCAAAAUAAUCAAGUGGCGGAAAGCGGCCAAAACUCUGGCAUUCAAGAGCUCAACACUAUUCACUCAUUGAGACAUGUGAAUAAAAUCUCCACCGUAGAAGUCCAAAAGUAGAAAUGCAAAGGAGUGAUUAUUGUAUUGAAUUAUUGGAGGGACCUACGGAUUUCAAGCUAAGCAAUUAAAAUCCAAGUUGUCUUCAUCAUCUUUCAAGAGCCGAACAGAAGAACACAGCGGCCGACGAAGAAAAAAAUGCACAACUGAACAGUGGCCGGUGCUAUUUGCAGGAAGAAAAUGAGAAAUUGGCAAUCACAUCUGGUGAAGAUUCAAAUAAGUGGCUGCUCAAAUAUAAUGAUCCUUGUCUUCAUUUGGAGAUAUUUUAUGUUCCAUACUCUUCUUUUGAUGCUAUAUAAAGGAGUCAUUCGUGAGCUGCAGAACAACCAAGUAGAUAGAAAUCAUCCUUGUUUCUUUUCUUUAGCUUUGUUUAAUAAAAGUGAUUCUUUCAAGAACACUUCUGUAUGUUUCAGUUAGUAAUUCUCAUUUUCAGAAGUUUAUUUAGCUUCCAAUAUACUCCAUAUUAAUAAUAAAGUUCGUCCAAGAAAUUCACAUUUGGGUUCGAUCAGUGCCAGCUUUAUACAAGGAUUCCAGCUUUUUCUGUUCCAGUUCAUCUAUGUUCUUCAUUAUUUAUGCCUUCAGGUUCUUAUUUAAACACUCACUUUAAUUUCUUUAAUCUGUUAAGUUAAUUAUGUCUAGCAUGAAUUUUUACUUUUAUAUUGUUCACUAUAGUUAUGUGUAACUAAAUUAGUUUAGGCUUGGGCAAGAUGUAAAUUUUACAGUUAAUGUUCAUAUGAUAAUAAUUGGUUAAAACUUUUACUUGGUUAAUUUUAGGGUGUUGGGUUGAAUGUUCUAAUCUGCUAAAUACAUUAUAUUGGGAAAUGAAUAUUAUCACGGGAGUGGAGUUUCAUUAAAAAUCCCUUUAGUUAAUUCACCCACUAAAUUGCUACACGGAAGUGUUAAGGAAUUUAGGAUAAUUUGAUUUUGUACUUUUUACUGUCUUAAUAAAAUUAUCGCGGGAGCGGAAUUAAUUUAAGAUAGUGUAAUCAACUAAGUCGUGGGAACGAUUAGAAGAUUACCAUUUGAAAAUCUUUCACACACCUAAAAGUAACCAAGUUAAUCAGUUAAAUCUUUAUUAUUAUGAACAUGAAAAUAAAAUCACUCUUAGCCCAAGCCUAAUUUUCACUAUAUCAUUAAUUGUUAAAUUAUCAAGUAUUGUGAUUUAUUUUAUUUCCUAGCAAUUGCACAUUUAUAAAAACAAGAUAAAAAAAUCUGUUCGCUUAGCUCCAUUGCAAAAUGUUAUCAAUUUGUGAUUAGCUAAAAAUCAAUCAUUAAUUCUAGUUCUCUUUUUGAGUCAUUCUCUAGCGGAACGAUACUCACUUACUCUAUACUAUAUCGUUACAAGCCAAUAAAAACAUCAUUUCCAUUCACAUUUUUACACCAUUUCACACUACACAUUUUGGCAUGUCACGAUUUUGGCGCCGUUGCCGGGGAAUGGCAUAGUUUUACUGAUUGAUUAUUAGUUAAUAUUAGUGUUUGUUUUUAUUUAUUUGGAGACUAAGUGUUUUUAUUUCCUGUUAUCAUCACUUGUUUUUAGUUUCCCAUUGUAAAAAACAAAAAACAAAAAAAAAAAGUAGUGUAUGCAUACUCGCUCUCAAGGGAGUGAAGGAUUGCAACCACUUAACCUUGAUUUUGAAAGAGAAUUAAGGAAAAGAAGAAAGGCCCAAAUCCUUGAACUUAAAAUUCCAAAUCAGAUCAUGGAGGACCUUCACAACAAUCCCAAUAAUCCAAAUAGCCAAAACCAAAUUUCAAAUCCAAAUCCAAAUCCUACGCCACCACAAAAUACCCCUAUAAAUACACCCAUUGAUACUCCAAGAGAUAGACAUAAUCCUUUCUUUGGAGAUCAAAGACCCCCUGGAUUUGAAAAUUUCCAACAAAUUCCUCCUCUAACACAACCCAACCCUUAUCCACCACACCCCUACCAAAACUACCAAAUUCACCAAAACCAACCUCCACCAUAUCCAUACACAUACCCUUAUUCUUACCCACCUCCUCCAUUUAUGCACCCAUACCAAUCUCACCCAUAUGGCCAAUACUACCAACACCCACAUAAUCAACAAGGUCAAGGCCAAUUCAUGAGACAACAACAAGGCAGAAGACUUCUUGAUUAUGUUGCAGGUGAAAUUGAGGAACAAGAUAGCAUUCUCUAUCCAGGCGUGGAUGCAGCAAAUUUUGAGAUCAAACCAGCACUUAUCUCAUUGGUCUCAACCAACAAAUUUGGCGGAUCAAAGAAUGAAGAUCCAACGAGCCAUGUGAAGCAAUUCUUGAGAGUUCUCCAAACUCUUAAGCUUAAUGGAGCCUCUGUUGAUGCUAUCAGGCUCAGAUUGUUCCCAUUCUCACUGAGGGAUGAGGCAUUGAGUUGGUUAAACUCUAAACCAUCCGGUUAUUUCAACACAUGGGAGAAGUUGCAUAGAGAUUUCAUGAAGGAGUUCUAUCCUCCUUCUAAGGCAUCAAAAAUGAAGAAACUGAUCCAACAAUUCAGACAACAACCAUCAGAAUCUCUUUAUGAAUCAUGGAAGAGAUUUAAAGAUCUUCAAGUUCAAUAUCCACAUCAUAAUAUGAGCAUGGGUGAUCUCAUUGUCUCAUUUUAUGAAGGAUUACAUGAUAAUUCCAAAAUUGUUGUGGAUGCCUCUGCUAAUGGAGCUUUCAUGGAGCUUGAUCCCGAAACUGGAAAAGAGAUGCUUGAGAAAAUUUGUAACAACAGUUCAUCAUGGUAUUCUGAAAGAUCAACUCAAAAGCUAGGAGCAGGGAUUUAUGAGGUUGACCAAACAACAGCUUUAACAGCAAAGGUUGAUUCUCUCACAACCAUGGUUCAAAAGCUCACUGAGAAGCAAUCAUCAUCAACUUCUAGCGCAGCAACAAAUCCAUCAUCAUCUGUAGCUCAAGCUUUGUUCUGUGAACUCUGUGGGGGAGGGCAUUCUUUUAAAGAAUGUAAUUUUCUUGAACUUACACAAAAUGUUCCUUUUAGCCCCACAGUAGAACAAGCUGAUGCUAUAUAUGGUAGACCUCAAGUACCAUAUCAAGGAAACUAUAAUCCUCAAGGGAAGACACAUCCAGGAUUUUCAUGGAGUAAUUCAUCAGGUGCAGCAAAUCCAUCUUUUCCAUCCAAACCAACACCUCCUGGAUUUCAAAAUCAGCAAGGAUUCAGAGGAAACCAAAACAACCAACAAUUGAGGGGAAAUCAAGGGUACCAAAAUCCUCAAGGUUAUCCACCGCAACAACAAUUGCCACCACAACAACAAUUCGUUGGAGUUAAUGAUUUCCAACAGAUGAUGCAAGGAAUUACUAAUCAAUUCUCUCAACUCACAACUCAACUCAAUCAAAUUCAAGCUCACAACAAAAUGUUAGAGAGCCAAAUUGCUAGUUUUGCUUCACCAUCAACUAGCAAAGCUCAAGGAAAGUUGCCUGCCUACUCUGAACAUCCCAAGGAGAAUGUCAAUGCAGUCACUACAAGGAGUGGAAAACAACUUUAUGAUCCACCACUUAUAGUGGAGAAAGAAAAGAUUCCUGAAAAGGAGGCUUCACCAUCAAAGGAAAAUUAUGAAGAAGAUCUUACUUCUUCUGCAAAUGAAGGUUUAAAAAAGGUAGUGCAACCAUAUGCUCCACCUUUACCAUUUCCUCAUAGAGCAAAGAAGAAAACAAUUGAUGAGAGGAGGGAUAAAUUCCUUAAAUGGAUCGGUGAGUUGAACACAACAAUCCCGCUUCUUGAUGCUCUGAAACAUAUGCCUUCAUAUUCCAAAUUUCUGAAGGAAAUUCUGUCAAACAAAAAGAAGUUCGAGGAGAAAGCUACAAUAGCCAUGAGCGAGGGAUCCAGUGCUAUCAUUCAGAAGAAACUUCCAGAAAAAUUGAAGGAUCCAGGUAGCUUUACUAUACCAUGCAUAAUUGGAGGGUUCAUGGUUAACAAAGCUUUAUGUGACCUUGGGGCUAGUGUUAGCCUUAUGCCUUAUUCUAUGAGCAAGCGCCUUAGUCUUGGUAUUCUCAAAGCUACUUCAAUGACCAUUCAGCUUGCUGACCGAUCUGUUAAGUACCCUGUUGGCAUUCUUGAAGACAUUCCUGUACAGGUUGGAAAAUAUUUCAUCCCUUGUGACUUUGUCGUCCUAGACAUGGAUGAAGAUGAGCGAGUACCUGUCAUAUUGGGAAGGCCUUUCUUGGCCACUGCUGGUGCCAUCAUUGAUGUUAAAAAGGGUACAUUAAAAAUUGAAGUGGGGGAUGAAAGGGUUGAGUUUAAUAUUUUCCAAACGGUGAAAAAUCUUACAUGUGUGGAAGAUUGUUGGAGGAUUGAUAUAGCUGAUGAAUCUGUGAGAGACUUCACGAGAAUCUUUCACAAGGAUCCUAUGGAGGUUUGUGUUGUGGAGGAAGUCGAAAAAGAUCACGAGGAUGAAGAGUUAGUGGAGCGUGUAAAAAAGAAAGAGAGUUGUAAAAGCUUUCACGAGGGGAAGGAAGUGAAAAAACGGAGGAAGGGAGGAAAUUUGUUGUCAGUGGCCAAAGAGUUAACAAAUAUCCUCAAGGAGAGGACGCAAAGAAGAAACUCAUUGUUCAACUGGAUCAUCCUCCGUAUGAGUAAACCAAUCAGGUAAUGUCGGGCACACGACGUUAAAAAUAGCGCUUCUUGGGAGGCAACCCAAGUUUAUUUACUUGCAUUUGAAUGUGUGUUUUGCUUGUGUGUUUGCAUUGAAUAAUUUUAUUUUCCCACCCAUUUACUCACUCACCCUGUAUAUAUUUGUCACAUCGAGGACGAUGUUUCAUCCUAAGUGUGGGGGGAGAAUAUGCAUGUUUGUUUGUUUGUGAAUUGCCUUAUCAUCUGUUUAACUUUCAAAUCAUGCAUUCUAUUCUUUCACAUGGUACAUGGAUUGUUGGCGGGACUUGUCUCUUAAUAAUUGGAUUGAGAAUCAUAAUUUUUGAGCGUUGAGUAAAAUUUUGGUCAAAAUUUUAAACUUUUUACAAACACAAAACAUCUCAUGCACGUAAAUGGUUAUCUAGUGAAUUGUUGUUCAAUAUGUUUAAAAUUGUGCAAAACAAGAGUGCUAUGUGCUUUUAUUUUCCUUGACAUGAUUUUCUGACUUGGCACAUUAGGAAAUGAUAUAGGCCAUUUUUCAUAAACCCAUAUACCUAGCCUUACCCACGUGAUAAAUAUCCCUUGUUCACCCCCUUUGAGCCCAUUUGUUUUAAUAAGCGUUAUACGUUUAACCCUGCUUUUCUUAUUUUCUUUCAUAAAAACCUGUUAUAUGUGACCCUUAGCCUAAAAGCCAAACACUUUCCAACCACCCUAGAAUGAACUUUGCAUAAAUUUUAAUGAGUUUAGAGAGUGUCAUUCACAUUUAGGGAGCUUUAAUAAUUACACUUUUGUGAUUACUUAGUUGUUAAUAUUCGUUUAUAGGGGUAGUUGUUCUUGUUGUAUCAUCAUUGUACAUAUUAUUCUUGUAAAUUCUUAGUGUUAGAAGCAUUAAAAAGCCUUGAAAAAAAUAAAAUAAAAUAAAAAACAGAAAAAAAGAAAAUGAAAAAAAACAAUCUAUACAAGGCUGAAUAUCCAUGUAUAUGCUUCUCUCUUUUGUGUAUUUUUCUUGUACAUUAAUUUACCCUUUUUACUAGUUACUAUCCCUAACUUUAAAAAAAUAACAAGUGUUGUAUAGAUUAUUGUCAAAAGCUCCUACUCACUACUUAGUACCUCUCUAAAUUUGUUAAAUUUAUGUCAAGUUCAUUUCUUUUGUUUCCUCAUUAAUUCCCUUUGUUCAUAAGCCUUAUCUCAUAGACCUCAUUAUAACCCUAUGUGAAAGUCCUAACUGAUCCUAAUUGUGUUUUGUCUGAAAUAAGUUGAUAGGAGAAUCUUAUUUUGCAUAAUUUUGCAUGGUUGAACAAACGAAGCUAGAUUCCAUUUUCACACCACACACUUUGUGUUUGUUAGAGUUGAGAUUUGACCAAAACGUUUCAAAUGAUAUGCAAAAUAUUUUUAUGAUUCUCACUUCUCUUAUUUUGUGACAAGUCAAGGGAAUUUGAUUAAACAGGUGGAGUGAAAGUAAAGUGUGCAUGAUUUGAGGAUUACACAUAUGAUUUGGCAAUUCAUUUUUGCAUGCUCGUUUGCUUGUGAGAAAUGUAAAUAUUUUUGCUUGAGGACAAGCAAAAUCUUAAGUAUGGGGGAGUUGAUGUACUCCUAAUUUACCAUAUUUAUGAUCUUGUUUUGUCACACUUUUAAUACUUUAUUUCUUAUUUUUAAAUAAAAAAGAUUGAUCUUUAUCAUCUUGGACAUUUUAAGGUAUUGCACUUGUUUUGGUAUAUUUUUGAGUUUCAGGACAAUUCGGGACGUAUAUUAAUUUCUGAAAAGAAAUAAAUAUUACUCCCGAGUGAAGACGGAAAAAUCAUCAAAGUGAAGCGAGUCAUUACUUUAUCUCCGAAAUAUUUAUUCAGAGACCCGAAGUUCAUUUCAGAAUAAACCAGACUGUCUACAAUAAAAUGUACCGAUUAACUAUUUGACCAGUUAACUGAUCAAACAGCUAACCGGCCAAAAUAAUCAAGUGGCGGAAAGCGGCCAAAACUCUGGCAUUCAAGAGCUCAACACUAUUCACUCAUUGAGACAUGUGAAUAAAAUCUCCACCGUAGAAGUCCAAAAGAAGAAAUGCAAAGGAGUGAUUAUUGUAUUGAAUUAUUGGAGGGACCUACGGAUUUCAAGCUAAGCAAUUAAAAUCCAAGUUGUCUUCAUCAUCUUUCAUGAGCCGAACAGAAGAACACAGCGGCCGACGAAGAAAAAAAUGCACAACUGAACAGUGGCCGGUGCUAUUUGCAGGAAGAAAAUGAGAAAUUGGCAAUCACAUCUGGUGAAGAUUCAAAUAAGUGGCUGCUCAAAUAUAAUGAUCCUUGUCUUCAUUUGGAGAUAUUUUAUGUUCCAUACUCUUCUUUUGAUGCUAUAUAAAGGAGUCAUUCGUGAGCUGCAGAACAACCAAGUAGAUAGAAAUCAUCCUUGUUUCUUUUCUUUAGCUUUGUUUAAUAAAAGUGAUUCUUUCAAGAACACUUCUGUAUGUUUCAGUUAGUAAUUCUCAUUUUCAGAAGUUUAUUUAGCUUCCAAUAUACUCCAUAUUAAUAAUAAAGUUCGUCCAAGAAAUUCACAUUUGGGUUCGAUCAGUGCCAGCUUUAUACAAGGAUUCCAGCUUUUUCUGUUCCAGUUCAUCUAUGUUCUUCAUUAUUUAUGCCUUCAGGACCUGUUGUUUAUGGGCUGUGCUCGUUAAUUAUUGUGGGCCUUCAUUAUAUUCAUUAAACUUCAUUUAAAUUGGGCUGAAGCUUUAAAAAAUUAAAAAAAUAUCCGGAUGUACUACUGUUCCCAGCCGUAGGUGUACGAUAUACGAACUCAUAACCCUGAGGUAUGGCUCAAAUGCCUACAUCUCCAUUAGAUAUAAGUAUUCUAGAUCAUCUAAUCCUGGAUGUCGAAGCAUCAGAGGUUAAGGAGAACAUGGAAGUCGAAGCAAUGAAUGUAGAUAUGGAAGUUGAAGCUCGUGUAUUAUUUCCACCCAAAUCCGAUUUCUCCAAGGUGUGUUCCUGCAACGAAUGUUCUGGGAAAAUGAAGGUUCUGAAGGAAUUUGAGAAAGAUCUCCAGUCUAAAGCGGAUUUAGUGAAUGAACGCAAACUCCAAGAGAUUUCAGAUCAGGCUAUAAUUGUGGACCUUACCGCUGCCUUUGAGUGGACGGUAGAAACUUUGGAUGUUCUUUAUACUAACCUUAAAAGGCUUUACACGAAAUCAGGAUUCUCAUGUGAGCUUAGAAGAAGUGAAUUUGAAGAGGACAUGACUGAUAGAUAUUUUCGAAUAAUUAACAUGCUAAUGGAUAAUAAAUUGCUAAGGAAAAGUGCUGUUCCAUAUGCAAGCAAGGCUGGUAAAUGUGGGGAUGAGGAUGCUGAUAUUCUUCCUCUGGCGGGGCACAUCGAUGCCGGGUUUAUGCAUUACCAGUUCACCAAAUUUAAGGAUGACGCGUAUAGCAUUCUCAAGAAGAUUGAAGAGAUUGAAGAAAAACAUAAACAAGACCAGACCUCUGCUGCUGAAGAAGAAAGACCUCUCGAUUUUUUGACCACCAAGAAGCACAUUCUGAACCAAAUUAAUGUUUUAAAGCAGUUGCCUCUUAGUGAGAUGCAUCGCGAAUGUCAAAAGGUUGUGCAAAGACUUAAACCGGAGCUUCUGGACUUGAUCUUAAAAGCUUAUGAUGAGAUCGAAGAAACUUACCGCAGAAUGAUUGUUAUUAGAAGACAGUUUUGGAAACAAUAUGAAAUGACUGUUUCCUUCCCAAGAAACAAAGAUGAGGAGAAACAUAGUUGGAGUAGGCUGAAGGAAACACUCGAUUCAUUAUGCCAGCAGGUCAGUUCUUUUAACGAGUGGUGGACAGAGAAUGAACAACACUUCACUCCAUGUGAAGGAUCAAGUCCUAAAAAGACAAAGACCAACACUGAAUAGGAGGUAGGAUACAACUGAUCUGAUUGGGAUUGGAAAUAUUGAACUGUGUUGUGCUGCAGUUCCAUGCAACAGCGCCAUUUCCCUCACCACAUGUUUAGCAAUUCUAUUGUCAUAGCUGUUUUUGUAUACUCGUGUAUCUGGGGGCUGCAUUCAUCUAUCAGAAGCCUAUGCUUGAUGAUCUAAAGUUUACAAAUUAAUGAUUGGCAGUUGAUUUGACACACAGAAUGUAGCUAUAUGAUGCCUAUUAAUUCUUGUUUUUUUGUUUCAGAAUUAGUUUCACGCAUAUGUACCUAAAUUCACACAGAUUUUCUCAUACUCCCUAUUUAUUAAGCAGUUCAUAUCUAAAUCAAUCAACAUUUCAACAUUAUUUGUGAA